AUGGGGUCUUCUGGGAUACAGAUUGUGUGUGUCGUGCUGGCUCUUUUGGGCCUCAUUGCUGCUAUUGUGACCUGUGUCGUGCCCAGCUGGAAGGUGUCUUCCUUUACUGGCCAGAACAUCAUCACUGCACAGAGUGAGCAGAAGGGCCUGUGGAUGGAGUGUGUGGUGCAGAGCACAGGUCAGCAGCAGUGCAAGUCCUUCGACUCUCUGCUCAUCCUGGGCUCGGAGAUCCAGGCGUCACGCGCCAUGACCAUCAUCUGCUGUAUGCUGACCACGCUGGCCUUGCUGGCCCUGUUUGUGGGCGCAGACUUCACCAUCUGCCUGGAGAACGAGGAUGCCAAGCCCAAGGUGUGUCUGGUGACGGGCGUGGCCUUCCUCCUCGCUGGCCUCCUCCUCCUCAUCCCCGUCAGCUGGACCGCCAACAACGUGGUGAAGGACUUCAGCAACCCGCUGGUGUCCCCCAAAUGGGAGCUGGGGCCCUGCAUCUUCAUCGGCUGGGCCGGGGCAGUGCUCCUCCUGCUGGCCGGGGGCCUGCUCUGCUGCUUCAGCCGUCCCCACUCAGGAGGGUCCGGGGGGACAGCCCAAUACUUCAGCAACAGUGCCUCUGCCCCCAGCAAAAACUACGUCUAG